GUAGGGCGAUUCUCGACCCUCCAACGUGUGGCGCGCGCCCCGCUAAAGUCCCACCAAAAUCCACUCCCCCGUCGCUCCACCACAUCGCAAACCCCCCGUUGCCGUCGCGCUCUCCCCUCCCUCCGCCGCGCCCACACAAAGCAACCGCCGGCCGAGCCACGCCCCCACCUCCUCCCACAAGCAGCCACCACGUGACGCGUGCAAGCACCCAUGGCCACCGCCUCCCGCAUCGCCGCGCCGCUCGGGCUCGCCCCGCUGCCCCGCAGCCGCGCCUCCUCCGGCGCCCCGGGAGUUGUCCAAUGCGGCUCCAAGAUUUCGAGAGGCGUCGCCGUCAGAGCCACGUCCAGCGGCGAGGGCGCGACGGAGGUGCCGGAGAUCGUCAGGGCUGCGCAGGACGCGUGGGACAAAGUUGAGGACAAGUACGCCGUGGCCACCAUCGGCGUUGCAGCAAUCGUCGCGCUCUGGACGGCGGUAGGGGCGAUUAAGGCCAUCGACAAGCUUCCUAUUUUUCCUAGCGUCCUUGAGAUUGUUGGAAUUGGCUACACAGGGUGGUUCACAUACCGUAACCUCAUUUUCAAACCAGACAGAGAAGCUCUGAUCAGUAAAAUCAAGAGCACCUACAACGAAAUCACCGGGAGCAGCAGCAUCAGCUAAUCAAGCAUCAUUUACAAGAUGAGUGCUGCUAGCAGAGGGUAGAACUGCGCCUGUGAUCACCGAGUAUCCACGUAAGUGGAAGUGCCAACAUUUGAGACAGGUGGUUCUACUGUUUCUGUUCCUCUUGGCUUAAGUCAGAGAGAAAACUCUACCCAGGCGCUGGUCGUUUACUUAUUCUAAUGUAAUAAACCAAUAUUCGUAACAUAUUUCAAGUUGCUUUCCUGACCACUUUCAUCUGGUCGUGUACUGCGAAGCUCAAUGUGGGAUUACAAAGGAUGUUCUGUUGGCUCUUGUUUUU